AUGGCGGCCCGCCGCUCGUCCUCGCGCCUCGCCGCGGCCGCGCUGUGCCUGGCGGCCGCGUGGUGCCUGGCCAGCCUCGCGGCGCUCGCGUUCGUGCCCUCGCCGGCCGCGCCCGCUGGGGGCAGCGCCGUUGCGCCAGCCCGCGCGGCCCAGGUGGCGGCGCUCACCGCGGCGCUCGCGGCGCCCGAGGCCGCCCACGCGGCGAAUCAGGGGUACGCGGUGCUGCAGCUGGGCUGGGCGGUCUUCAUCAUCGGCCUGGGCCCGGCGGUGCUGUUCUGGAUCUACUUCAACAAGCCGGAGCUGCUGUGA